CUCCAACUUAUAAACCUAAAAAUUGCGUAAGAAAAAAAAAACAAAUAUAUUCUCUUUCUCUUCCAUCAAGCAAAGCUACAGAGAAUCAAACAUUUUCACUAGAAAGAAUCAAUAAUCUGGGUAAUUGUGCUCUCUCUCUUUCUCUUGAAAUCUGUAAUGGGUUUUUAUGGAGGAGCGUCUGUUCAUCCACGAAGCUCAGAAACAAAUCUCCAUGGCAAUUCUGUAAAUAUCCUCCCCAUUCUCACUUCUUCACCUUCUCCAGAUCUCGACGGUGAUUACAAUGAGAAAGGAAUCAAAAAUCGUUUGAAAAUUUUGAUCUUUGAUAUGGGUUUUGCUUGUUUCUUCCCUCCUCCUGCUGAAUCCAGCUCAGUCGAGAACUCCGGCAGCAAUGGAGGCGGCGGCGAGAACAACAAGGCGUGGCUAUUGGCGGAGACAGCUCCGGAGAACAUGAACCCUGAUCCGCACUCUGUUCGUUCCUCGUUUAGAUUCAGUCUUUGCUCACAAGUCGAGCUCGAGAAGAUGAAAGGAGAAGAGCCUUCGCUUUCUGCUUCGUCGUCUUGUCGUAAUCUAUCAGUCUCCGGUGGCUCUGCGACGGUUCUGAUGGUGAAUCUUGAGAAUGGAGUUAAGGAAACUACAGACGACUUGAGGUGGACGAGAGCUCGAUCUCUGGAGAAGAGCAUUUCUCCGGUGGCUAAUACUCUGGUUCGGUUCAGCUACGGCGAAAUCGUUGCCGCCACUCGUAACUUCUCCAAAGGGAGAGUGCUGGGAAGAGGAGCUUGUAGCUAUGUGUUCAGGGGUAAAAUCGGAAUUUGGAAAACGCCUUUAGCUAUCAAGAGACUUGAUAAAGAAGACAAAGAGUCUCCAAAAUCUUUUUGCAGAGAGUUGAUGAUUGCAAGCUCACUUCAUAGCGCAAACAUAGUGCCUCUUCUUGGUUUCUCUAUUGACCCAGAAGAAGGUCUAUUCUUGGUUUACAAGUAUGUCUCUGGUGGUAGCCUGGAACACUAUUUACACGAUAAGAAGAAGAAAGGUAUGAAGGCUGCUUUUGGUUUGCCUUGGUCAGCAAGGUACAAAGUUGCGUUAGGGAUCGCAGAUGCGAUUACUUAUUUGCAUAAUGGAACAGAGCAAUGUGUUGUUCACAGAGACAUCAAACCCUCCAAUAUUCUUCUUUCCUCGAAGAAAAUACCAAAGUUAUGUGAUUUCGGGUUAGCUACUUGGACCGCUGCACCUUCUGUUCCUUUCCUCUGCAAGACCGUGAAAGGCACAUUCGGAUAUCUGGCUCCAGAGUAUUUCCAACAUGGUAAGAUAUCUGACAAGACAGAUGUUUAUGCCUUUGGUGUUGUGUUGCUUGAGCUAAUAACCGGUAGAAAACCAAUUGAACCUAGAAGAUCAUCUGGCGAAGAAAAUUUAGUUGUUUGGGCGAAACCGUUGUUGGAUAGAGGGAUUGAAGCUAUAGAGGAGCUGCUUGAUCCUAGGCGGCGAUGUACAAGAAAAAACUUGGUUUACAUGGAGCAGAUGAUCCGUGCUGCAGCUGCUUGUGUUAUCAAUGAGGAGUCUAGAAGACCUAGUAUGGAAGAAAUUGUGACAAUCUUGAAAGGUGGAGAAAGAGGAUUAGAGCCAAGAACAUACUCAAGCAGGAAAACUAAUACAAUUCUUUCGGGUAUGAUCGACUCUUAUACACAGUUGCAACAGACCAAAUCCGAGAUGAAAUGUCAUCUUGAUCUUGCUAUGCUUGGAGUAACCGAUUUUGAAGACGAUGACCAUUUGUACGAACGGUGAAAGGGAUGGAUUGAAGUGUGUAAAUAGGUUAUUAAUGAAAAGUUUUCUGAAUCAGUGAAUUUGCUGUGUGUACAUGUGUUUAGUCAUUUUCAUUAUGGAAAAAACCGGUUUAGUGUCUUGUCGGUUUGGUUAUGUAGAGAAAGCCGAUUAUCUGGUUUCAUUUUCAGUUUCCAAUA